CUACUGGUGCAACAGCAGAAUGUGAAUCUAGUGGUUCUGGUUGUGAAACAGAUGAGCCUAAUACAACUCCAAGAGAUAUUACUAAUGAGCCUAAUACAACUCCAAGAGAUAUUACUAAUGAGCCUAAUACAACUCCAAGAGAUAUUACUAAUGAGCCUAAUACAACUCCAAGAGAUAUUACUACUUUCACUACAAGUGUAACAACAGAAUAUGAAUCUAGUGGUUCUGGUUAUGAAACAGUUAACUGUGGUGGCAUUUUGACUGAUCCUUGGGGAGUAAUUGAAAGCCCAUUCUACCCUUAUUCACACAACUCUGCUGAAUGUGUUUGGUAUAUACAAGUCAGAAAUAAUCAUCUUGUUCGUGUCCAUUUUGAUGAUUUUAGGUUGAAAAAUUUCCCAUUUUGUACAUGUGGUUUUGUGUUGGUAUAUGAUGGACCACCCCUGAGUUCUCCAUUGCUAGGAAACAUCUGUGGAACAGAAUCAGAUCUUUCAUUUAUUUCCUCAUCAAACAGUUUAAGCAUUGUCUAUUCCAAUAGAGAAUGUAAUAGCGAUUUUGCAGGAGGAUUUCAUGCCAGCUACAUCUCCAUAUCUCAAAAUGAUCCAAAUGUGACCCUCUCAUGUUCCUCAAGCUACAUGGAAGUUCAGAUUUCAGUCUGGUACCUUAAGUCAUUAGGGUAUUUAGAAAAUGAGAUUUUUUUGAAUGACCCACAAUGCCGUCCUCAGAAUUUGGGUAACUGGUUGACUUUUUACAUCCAGUACAAUAAAUGUGGAACAUUAAGACAGGGUGAAGGUAGCACAAUUAGUUAUUCAAACACUGUACAUGGUUACCAUUUUGGUCAGGUCAUUGAACGAAGCACACACCUCAAAUUGAAUCUGCAUUGUCAAAUGUUCCAGAAUACAAUGGUGGAUAUCAAGUAUCACUCUGGUGAUGAGACUGUGCCCCACAGUCUAACUCAAUAUGGGCUAUAUUCUGCAAAUCUUUUUAUUUACGAAUCCCCAGCCUACAACGAUCUGGUGUACCAAACACCAUAUUAUAUCAAACUUAACCAGACAUUGUACGUUCAAGCCACCUUGCAGAGUGCAGAUCCAGAGCUCAGUUUAGUUGUGGAUACUUGCAUGCUAUUUCCUAACUCUCAUGAUACAAAGAGUUAUGUUCUAAUACGCAACAGGUGUAUCAAAGAUUCCACAUAUUCAAUAUAUCCUUCUCCACAUGCAAACCAAGUUCGAUUUGGAUUCAGAGCAUUGCCAUUUUUUAAUUUCUACCCCACAGUAUAUCUUCAGUGCACAUUGACUGUCUGUCAAAAGGAUAAUAAUCAGUGUUCCCAGAGCUGCCUCACAAGACGCAAGAGGGAUCUGUUAUCUGUACAUGAUCAAACUAAUGUCUUAGUUGGGCCAUUUAAAAUAAAGGAACAAUAAUACAAAAAUGUAUAAAAAAUGUUGAAAUAAUUCCACAAACAUAUUAUGAUAUAGCAUUAUUGUUAAUUCUGUUAAUUCUAUUGUGUUCUAUUUUGAUUAUCUUUCAGUUAAAUUAAUAUAUAUAGCACUCAGGUUCCCAGGUCUUGUGUGUGCCCCGGUGCCACACUAUAUGCAAGAAAGAUGAGUGCAC